AAGAUUUACCAACUUUCCAUGGUAAAAGUCCGAACGUUCUUUUAUUUCGAACUUUUACCACCAUGUAAUUGGUAAAUCUCAGGAUUUACCAUAAUGCCACGGUAAAAGUUGAUAAAGACAUGUCAUAACGUGUUCAGCGCAUCAUCUCGUCGGUACUCGUGGGCAGUCGGUAAUUCCCCGCUAGCCGUACCGCCCCCGCGUGCCCCGCGUCUCCGUUCGCUCGCCUCAGUCGGUCGUUUGACAAGUUUGAACGCGCACGUUAAUUUAAUUUCUGUUUGUGUUUUAUAUAUCCAAAUGUAAUUUAUGAAUCAAAAUGAGUGUAAAACAUAGAUUUUAUGAAAUAAUGGACAAGAUCGUGGCAAGCAAGAAGGACAAUAACUUUUAUCUCGAUAGGGAUAAAUACGCCAAGUGUUUAGAGGAAGUAAAAACUGCAAAGAACGUGAAAAAUAAGAAAGCUGUGCAUUACAGGCGUAUUAAGCGCUAUGAUAUUUUGACUAUAGGCGGUGAAGAAAAGCUAAUUGCGCCAAUAAAGGAAGAAAAUGGAGAAAUCAAGUAUUACGUUUGUUAUGACGACAUAUUUAAUAUCCUCGAAGAAACGCAUCUUGCUGUUGGACACGGUGGAAGGACUAGGAUGCUAAAGGAAUGUAGCCGCAAGUAUAGAAAUAUUACAGUUGAGGCUAUCAUGACAUAUUUGAAGCUAUGUCAACCUUGUCAAAAGAAACAGAAGACUUUGAAGAAGGGCAUUGUCAUCAAGCCUAUACUUCAUAGUGAAAUGAACUCACGUUGUCAAGUAGAUCUCAUAGACCUACAAACCAACCCUGACGGAAAUUAUAAAUUCAUAUUAGUUUAUCAAGACCAUCUCACUAAAUUUGUGAUCCUUCGUGCACUUCAAACUAAACGCGCUGCAGAAGUUGCAUAUCAUCUCUUGGAUAUUUUCACCACUUUUGGAGCGCCAAAUAUCCUUCAUUCCGAUAAUGGUCGGGAGUUUUGUAACCAUAUAAUUGAAAAUGUAUGCUCUAUGUGGCCAGAUGUUAAAAUUGUACACGGAAAACCAAGACACAGUCAGAGUCAAGGAUCAGUAGAGCGUGCCAAUCAAGACAUUGAAAAUAUGCUCAGUACGUGGAUGGAAACCAAUCAGUUGUCAAAGUGGUCAGAGGGCUUGAAAUUCAUCCAGGCAAUGAAAAACAGAGCAUAUCACGAGGGAAUCAAAUGCUCGCCCUACGAAGCAAUGUUUGGUUGUCCAAUGAAAGUGGGCAUUGCAUCGUCAGCAAUUCCAAAAGGUAUGAUUGGACUUUUAAGAUCUGAAGAAGAUUUAGAGAAUUUGUUGCAUACGCAAGAAAAUACGGAACAAAAUACUAACGACGAAAAUAUUAUAAUUGAACAGGACAAGGAAGACAACGUUGUUGAAAAUCAGUCAGAAGAGAACAUAAACAGUGAAAGUGCGAGGAACAAAACACAAGAAUGCGAAAUGAUUGAAAUAGAAAUGGAAAAUCAAAUAACCAUUGAUGCCAAUGUAACGAUUCAGAGACUCGGUUCUGAGACAAAUUCAGAGAAAGAAAACGAAACUCAAUCUGAAGAAGAUCCAAUACCAAAGAAGAUAGAAUCUGUCCAGAGAAUAAGAACAAAGGCAAAAUUGAAUUUGGAAACCCAAGCUGAAAAAAUGAAAGCUAAGUCGUCUGAUAAAUAUCCAAAUGUGAAACUUGGCCAAAAUGUAAGACUGAAAGUACCGGACAUUGUCAGAGCUAAAACUGACCCGAAAAGCAUCAUUGCAGUUGUAAUAGAUGUAAAGGACAACGAGUUUUACCAACUAGGUACCAAUAUUGGAGUACUAAAACAGCUUUACACACAGAAUCAGUUUACCUCAUGCUCUGGAGAUUUUAUUACGAUAGAAGAUGUUGUUAAAGAGAAAGAAGUGAGUCUUCGCGAAGUUGUUGGAAAAUUGUCUUUGACUGGAGGACAAGGAUUCAAAAAAUGUAACUGUCUCAAAAAAUGCUUGUCGAAGAAAUGCGCUUGCAAGUCAUCAGGAUUACUUUGUAAUUCUAAGUGCCACAAUAGCACUCCGUGUUGUAACAAAUAA